AUGUAUGAAGAGCAAGUGAAGUCGCUAAAUCACAUUUCCACUCAUUCUCAAGCUGUAAAUCACUCGCUUGUCCAAGCUCUAACAAAAAAUCAAUUUGUUGUUCGGCUGUCCAAAUUAGCUAUUAAGCAGUUGGAACCAUUUCUUACUCGAAAUGGCACUAUUCGGAAUCUGAUACGAGACCAUUUACAAAUUGAAGCAGCGGAUAAUACUCAGUCAAAACUUGCGAUGGAAGCAAGCAUGGGUGGCAUUCUCGGACAAAUCAGCAAGCAAGAAAGACGACACAAGAUGUUUUAUGGCACAAUCAAAGAGGAUUUUUCGACACAGCUAGGUUUUGAAAAGAAACGAUCGAAAAUGAAGGAAAGAAGCGAUAAAAAAAAGGAUACAAACGGUCCUACACCUGAUCGUAUACCUUUGCCAGCAGCCAAUGAAAAAAGACACAUAAAAGAAUCUGGUAAAAAACUGCGAAUAUCUGCUGAUAAUCCACCAUCCGUAUGUCUUUACACCGUUCUUAACUCACCUGGUGGCCUUACAGCAUCAGAUGUUUCAGAAGAUAGUGAAGCGCUUGCACUAGGCUUUGGGAAUUCUAUGAUUCAGGUUAGUGCUCUUAAUGAAGAAAAUUUUCGAACAUAUAAGAGGAUCGACCAGCUAGAGCUCAUAGAACAAGAUGCUGAGGAUGCUCUUGAUCAAAUUUAUGACGAUGCUGAAUCUUCAUCUUCGCUGAAAUUUCACGGCCAUAAUGGACCAGUUUACUCUCUAUCAUUUUCUCCAGAUAAACGACUCUUACUUUCGUCCUCACGGGAUGGAACCAUCCGUCUAUGGAGUCUUGCCAUGCGCAGCAACGUAGUGGUAUAUAAACAUGCUGCACCAAUAUGGCAAGUACAAUUUUGUCCUCGUUCAUAUUACUUCGUAACUGGUAGUGCUGAUGGUGCUGCGAUGCUGUGGGCUACUGAUCGUUUGCAGCCUUUGCGCAUAUUCUCGGAUGCGUUUUCAGACAUUUCGUGCAUAGACUUUCAUCCAAAUUGCAAUUAUUUUGCUGGUGGAAGUGAUGAUCGUUACGUACGUGUUUGGGAUGUACUGUCAGGUACAUGUGUACGAUCCUUCGCAGGUCAUAAAGGAUCUAUUCGUGGAUUAAAGAUUUCUCCUUGUGGUCGAUACUUGGCAUCAUUAGGAAGUGAAGGAUCGUUAAUAUUAUGGGAUAUGGCUUUGCAAAAAAUGAUGUGUAUGCAAGAUGUCACAGCAUUCCCGUACCAAACGGCAGUCGAAUUCUCACGUGAUGGAACAGCUUUGGCAGUUGCUCGGGCUGAUUCAGCUAUGUCAUUUUAUGCUGUUGAUGCAGUUACGGCCCAUUCUGGUUCACAAGACCAUCUAAACAGUGAUCCCAAAAUAAACCCUAGCGGUUUUCAUCUGUACACAUAUCCUACGAAAAACACACCCAUUGUAAACGUGCAUUUCACGCGACGCAAUUUGGUUUUGGCCGUAGGAGCUUUUGGACAAUAA